AUGGGUCCAUCCAUGUGCUUGGGAACAGUCCUACAAAUGCUGUGGGUUGCCGUUGUCGAGGACAACUGCAAAAUUGCACAUUUUUCACUGUGCUUGUAUUCGCCAGUGACACGACAACUGUGCUUUGCCACACACCGUUUGCAAGGAUGCAUUUUUUCCCUUGCAAUGGCUGUGUGUGCUGUCUCACAGUGCCUAGCACAGUUAGCGAUGUGCGCUGGUGCGCUCUUGACUGGCGCCGUGCUUAAAAUCUCAGGUGAAGGGGGGCAGGCUCAGGGCCCUUGGCCCCAAGGUGUGGAGCACCAGGAAACCCUGAAUGCCCUGCAAGCUGCCCUGGCACAAUCAGUGCAUCCAGGCCAAGCAUCACCAGAGGAGAGCGAUGCUGAAGAAAACAGCGCCCUGAAGACGAUCGUUGGUGCUGUUAUGCAGAAACUGCUCUCCAAGGAUAUGUUAUAUGAGCCUAUGAAGGACAUUUGCUUGAGGUACCCUGCCUGGUUUGAAGCCCAUGAGGCUGGGCUGGACCCUGCUGAGAUGGAGCGCUUUCGGAAACAAUAUGAAUACAUGCAGCAAAUCAUUGAGCUCUACGAGAGAGAUCCAGACAACACGAUUGAGCUCAUGAGCUUGAUGCAGCAGGUUCAACAAUACGGGCAACCCCCACAGGAGAUUGUCGAUCAGGUGGCACCGUCCGAAGACUUAACCGGGAUGUUUCAGGGUUGCGCCCCUGGGUUUGUACCCCCAGCCGACCUGCCAGAGAUGCCUGAGGAUUGCAAGAUGCAGUGA